AUGCAAGCGAUUGACACCGGUCGUUUGAUGCAGCCUGGUUCUAAAGUCUCCAGUAACGGAACUGAAUCGACAGGUUUUUCUCACAACGCAUACGCAUCCAAUCAGCCUCUGAGCUUCACCGACCGUAACUCACGAAGAGCCAAUAUCCCUGCUAUCAAUACCAAUUCCACAUCCUCAGUCUCUAAAGAACAACUCCCUUACAGUACUCAGUUCGACAUGAACUUCGCACCUUUACUCCCAUCCCAGCUUCUCCUUGGAAGCCCCUUCCAGCCGGGGACUCCCUCUGCUUUUGCCUCACCGCAGUUUGGGAAUUUUCCAGGAUUCUCACAGUCUAAUCAGAAUGUUGGGCAGAGUCAUCAGAAUCAGCUCAACAGCCCGACACAGGCACAGCAUGGUGCCCUAUCCCCUCAGAUGUACCAGAGCUUGAUGUCUCCUGAUGGCAUGGGAGGUUCUCCACUACUGGGAGGCCCCCAUUCCCCUAUAUCAGGGCUACCAGCAUUUGCCGGUGCGUUUGCACCAAGCCCACAACUUCAAUCUGGUCACGGUAUCUUGUCAGGAACCAGUCGAACCGUAUAUCUAGGAAACUUGCCCCCAGAGACCACCUCUGAAGAAAUUUUGGGUCACGUUCGAAGCGGUCAGAUUGAGUCUGUUCGUCUCCUUCCCGAUAAGAACUGCGCUUUCAUUUCUUUCUUGGAUAGUAGCUCUGCCACCCAUUUCCAUUCAGAUGCUAUUCUGAAAAAGCUAUCCAUCAAGGGCAACGAUAUUAAGAUUGGAUGGGGAAAGCCAUCACAGGUUCCCACUUCCGUAGCACUUGCUGUCCAGCAAUCAGGCGCGUCCAGGAAUGUAUACCUUGGAAACUUACAUGAAGACGUCACCGAGGAGGAGCUACGUGAAGAGCUAGGAAAAUUCGGUCCUAUCGAUACUGUGAAACUUGUGAAAGAGAAGUCUAUUGGCUUUGUUCACUUUUUGUCUAUCAGUAACGCAAUCAAGGCUGUUACCCAGCUUCCUCAGGAACCCAACUGGCAACCUCCAAAGAGAGUAUACUAUGGCAAAGAUAGAUGUGCCUAUGUAUCAAAAACUCAACAACAAAAUGCUGCACAAUACCUAGGAAUUGCUCCUGGCUACGCACACAUGCUGAACUCUCAUGACCGUGAUCUUAUCUCAAACGCCCUAGCUCAGCAAUCAGUAGCCGCCGCCGCUGUUGCAACCACAGCCGGAGGUGUGAAUAACCUUGGGAACAGGACCGUUUAUCUGGGCAACAUUCACCCAGAAACAACAAUAGAGGAGAUCUGUAAUGUUGUCCGCGGUGGUUUACUGCAUCACAUCCGCUACAUCCCAGACAAGCAUAUUUGCUUCGUCACAUUCAUUGACCCUACAUCCGCUGCCUCUUUCUACGCCCUCAGUAACAUUCAGGGCCUAAUGAUCCACAACAGACGGUUAAAGAUUGGAUGGGGCAAACAUUCUGGUGCACUGCCACCGGCCAUUGCCUUGGCCGUCAGCGGAGGCGCAUCUCGCAAUGUCUACAUCGGCAACCUGGAUGAAACCUGGACCGAGGAGCGCUUGCGCCAGGACUUUUCAGCAUAUGGUGAGAUUGAACUGGUCAAUGCACUGAGGGAGAAGAGCUGUGCGUUCGUAAAUUUCACCAAUAUUGCCAAUGCUAUCAAGGCAAUCGAAGGAAUGCGAGGGUCAGAGGAUUAUAAACGAUUCAAGAUUAAUUUUGGAAAAGAUCGCUGUGGCAAUGCACCUCGCCAGGUCAACAAUAACCAGAAUAGCAACCGCGUGGACGGCUCUAACAAUUCUGUUAAUGGAACCAUUCAGUCAGGUGGCAACCAGAACGGACAGCAAUCCAGCCCGACUCGGCCUGCUCUAUCUCCCGUCACUGGUUCUUCUGGAUCAUUAUCUCAAAAUGGCCAGAGCAGAAACCCUCUGCAUUCGAUUGCAAACCCUGCCUCUCUCAUAAACACGGGAAGCAAUAACCCCUUGACCCUCUACCUCAACCAAGUUUCCCAGCAACAGAGCCGUGAUCAGGAAUCCCGCCUAAACAACUCUAUGCAGUAUCCCUCGCUCCAGCAACCUCAAAACUACGGCUCAUCCCAGAGCAAUCACGGCCAUACCCAUAGUCAUAGCCACUUCAAUGGAAGUAGCAACGGAGUGGUGGAUAACGGCGCACCGGGCGAACCCCUCCUCCAGCACAAGCCCUCCCUCAACGGGCUCCUAAACGUUUCCAGCGCUUCAAGCGCUGCUCAGCAGCAGCACAACUCGACAAAUGGAAAUACGUUGAGUGUCCCGCGCGCCCAGCAUUCUAGAACCGUCAGCUUGCCAUCCUUUUCACAGGAACGCUUUGGCCAAGGCCCGCAUUCACACAUUCCAUCACGGUCAGGCAUGAAUCAUCAGACCCAAGGGAGCUUCUCUGGCUUCGGUGGGCUUGGAGGGCUGAACCAUAGUGGAUUUGGUCUCUCUAUCACCAAUGAAGGAUCUCUUCCUGGAUGGGCUGAGGAAGAGAUUGGAGCCAAAUAA